UAUUCCAACCCAGCCUUCACGCAUUCCACUGCCGCCCAUCAUCCGUGCACGAUGAUUGGCCGCCCUCGCUUGCCUCCUCGCCUUGAAGGCUGCAUCCUUGGGCGUGCAGCACCCGCCCAUUUCCACACCCUCAACAUACGCGCCCCGACACCGCUGCCUACAAACUUCUCCAUCGGAAAACAGCACCACAACCACGCCUUUCAUCACCUUGUCGCCCAUCAUUUUGAUGCGACGGCCGCUGCGAAUCUUCUGAUACCCAUAUCACGAAUAUUCGAGCGCGUUUGUGGUCGAACUCGGCGUGGUGAGGCUUCGGAGCGGCCACCUGGCCUGACUCCCUUCUGCGCUGCUGCCCGCCGCGGCAGGUUUUGCCAUCACAGCCGUCACGUGCACAACCACUUUUCGUUUCACAUCGCAACAGCACCAUGGCGCAACGGGUUACCGGCCAGCGCUUUCGCCAGCGCAAGCUAUCUACCAAGCAGAACCUACCUGUCGUGCGCGAGCACGAGGUCGAGCAGUUUGCUGACGACGAUGCGUCACGGCACAUUCCCAAGGUCGAGACGGGUGUUGAAAAGGGAGAGGAAAUUGAGCACCAUUUACAGGCUGUCAUAUCUGCCGCGCAGGCAGCAGCGCAAGGCUCGACUGGCGGAAAGAUUGCGCAGCUUUACAUUCCAACGCCAGACGCCGUCGCAAGCAAGUUGCAGUAUGAAGAUCUUUAUCCAAGACAAUUCACGCAACCUGCGACGUACAUCCGCUUUUCUUCUACCGUUGAGGAUUCGUCUGGAUGUCCGUACUGCAUGGACAGUGAUGAUGUUGCCUUCCUCAAGGACUUCAAUAAGAAGAAGGGCAAGAGUCUACGCUGCUCUGAGGAUGAGUUCGAAGAGGUAAUGAACUUCUUCGAUGAGGCGACUGCAACCAAGCAGCCUUUCGCUGCUGUCGAUAACUCGCCAGUGCUUGCGUACGAGGACCUAGAAUCCGAGUUCGACGAGACCAUCAGCGAGUCGGCGCGGCGGUUUGCAAAGGACAUCUACGCACACUGGAAGAGCCAGAGAGUAAUAAGAGGCAAUCGCCCAUUAAUGCCAUCAUUGAAGUUUGAGACAAACCUCGAAACCGAUGACGCGGAUCCGUAUGUGUGUUUCCGCCGUCGCGAAGUACGACAAGUCCGGAAGACCCGAGGCCGUGAUGCACAGGUGACCGAAAAACUAAAGAAGCUGAGAAAGGAGCUGGAAGAGGCUCGGUUAUUGAUGUCGCAGGUGAAGCGACGAGAAGGCAUGACAAGGGAUCAGCUUGCUACGGACAAACUGAUAUUCGAACAACGCCUUGCCGUCAAGGAGAUCAAGAGGAAGCUGAGCAUCAAGGGUGAUGACGAAGAACUCCUCAUCACUCAAAAACCUGCUCCCAAGCCAAAGCGACCUGCCGAUCUAGAGCGUGUGCGCCACAACAUCCCUGGCAUGAAACCGCAAAACAUGCGUCCAGAUGGCCGUCUUGUUGAUAGUGACCUUGUCUACCUCGAGGAGCAGCAAGCCAAGCGCACCGAGGCAAUCGACUCCUUCAUCGAAGACAACCUCGUCAAACACCAGAAAUGGAACGUUGGUUGGGUCGAUGCCACCUGGCGGCCUAUCACGCCACCCUUGGAGCCAGCGGCUGCCAAAAGCGAUUUCCGUACUGUCUUUACAGAGAGUCAGCUUCCUACGCCGCCGGCUUCUGUAUCUGAUGAAGAGGGUGCUGAUGCCAUGGCAGUGGAACCAGUGAAUAAGCAGAUAGAACCUAGGAGAAGUGCGCGGAUACGAUUCGCUACGCCACCCGACGACAUGCCGUUUCAAGAUCAGUCUCGUUUCCGUCGGCGGAUUGGACGAGGAGGGCGCGUGAUGAUCGAUCGACGGGGCGUGAAGCGGCAGAAGCUCACCGAAAGAGUAGAUGACCGUAUCGCCGACCGAUGGAAAUUUUCUGGGGACAGUAGCGAGGAUGAGCAAGUCUAUCCGGUCGACUGGACAGACAACAUGCACAUCAGGUACCGCAUCAUGAUCGAGCGGCAGGGUGAGAAGGCUUCCGCUCAACAAGCUGCAACAGGGCCUAAUCGAAGGUCGAUUGAGAAUCAUAACCGGUCGGCCUCAGGACAUUUGCUCCCUCCUACGCCCACGACUGCGAGUGCGGGGGCGAGGUGAUUCGGGCAAUUGGACUUGUUCAUUUGACGCGUUUUGUGACGGGAUGUGGUGUAGGUUUGUGGCGAUAUAUACCCUUUGUUUUAUUCGAGUUGGGGACCUGGAUGCUAGAGCAGAUUUUGCAGGAUCUACCGAACUUAUGUACAAUACUCCUAAGGCCGGGAAGAUUGGGCUGGUUGAGGAAGCUGGAGGUCACGCCUGGAUAGAGCGCACAUUACUGAAAUGUGUCGACUACUACUCUUGAUGUAUAUUAGCUGUUGUGUAAGGGAACACAAGGCAACUUCGACCGAGGAAAUAAUCAAAAAACUUACUGAAUCAUUUCUAAUAACCC